GGGUUGAGGGAGACAUAAGGAAAAAAAAAAUUUAAUAAAAAAAAUUCAAGGCAACCCUAAAAACGAUUUAGGGUUUGAGGCCAAUAAAGCAACAUGUUGGAGGCCAUUUUGGGCAUCUUGGAAUCAUUUUUACGAUCAGCUUUUGGAGGUUGAGCUUUGCAACUCAAUUCAGUAGCUUUGCAACUUUGAGUAAUGAAAACUUCUCAGAGGCAGGUGAGUUUGGAUGCAACCCUAACUCACAGAACUGAAGAAUUCCUCUAGAAUUCUUGUUUGUGCAUCAAAAUCAGACCUGUAGCAGAAUUAUCAGAUUGGUGAGAGUGAAUUGAUCAGGGAUUAGAGGCAAUUGAAGGCUUCCAUAUUCAUUUCCAGCUCCCUCGUGGCUUCCUAGAGCAGGCUGUACACCUUGGAGGCACCUGGAUGUCAAAAUAAAUAAAUUAGCAUUAUUUAGGGUUUGGAAUUGGUUGGAAAUUCAUUGUUAGCAGUAGCAAUCAGCAGUAAAUCAUUUCUUCAGGCUUAAAACAACAUAGGGGCAUGAUAUGAGCAAAUUAGUGAGGAAACUUGGUUAAAUUCAGUGAUCUUGCCUAGGAGCCUGAAGGAAUCAGCAGCAGAUUUGUCGAAUCUUGCAAUAAUUGUUUUUGAUAAUUAUAGUUGAUGCAAAUAAACCUCAUUGGAGGUAUUGUCACCAUUAGGGUACUUUGUAUUGUCAGUUUCACCAGUUCGAUCAAUAAAAAACACAUUUUUAGGCUAGUAUGGGGACUCUUGGUAUGCUAUUCACUAUUCUGGUUGCAAUAAAUUAUUUGAAUUGGUAUUAGUGUUGCUGUUAUGAAGAUCAGAAUUUUGAAAUAAUUUAUCAGUCUAUUAUUUGAAUAUAUUUUGUAUUCAAAAUCAUUUGUUCAUUGGCAAAGAAGCAUGCAAAAAACCCCUAAAUACCUUCUGAGAAUCAAACUCAUCAAAAACUGUCAAAGCACUCACAAAAUCCUUCAAUCAACAAGUUGGGAAAUUCAGAAAAAUCAGAGCAGCAUGGUUGGGGAUCUUUCAUUGGUAUCAGAGCUGGUGAUCUUGCCAGCCUGUUGGGGAAGAUUCUUUUUGGUUGCAAAAUCAUUUUGGGUUUCAAUUAGAAAUAUGUCUUGGCAGCUGCCUAAAUUUAUCGCCAGGGACAAGGAACAAAUUCUUGAAGAAAAGCUCUAAAAUGCAGAAGGAAACUGGCAUGUUUGUUUCAAUCAAAGUACGGAUUACUUUGCAAUCUGGAAGCAAUAGAGAAUUGCUUAUCCACGAUAGAACAACUAGGUUCUUAGGGAAACCAAGUAACCAUGAUUCUUGCUGUGAUUCCUUUGGUUAUGCUAGUGUUGUUGAGACAUUUUGAUAGAGAGGUAAGAUUUGCAGUUACUCUGUGUAUUGUUAAUGUUAUGAGGAUAACAACUCCACAUGAUCCUUAUAGCAAGGAAGUUAUGAAGGGGGUAUUCCAAUUGAUCAUAGAAAGUUUUCAAGGAUUGGGUGAUAUCCAUAGUUCAUCCUUUGGUAAGAAAGUCAAUUUUAGAAGCAAUUGCAAAAAUCAGAGCUUGUGUGAUUAUGUUGGAUCUUGGUUGUGAAGACUUAAUUCUUGAUAUGUUCCAUCAGUUUUUCAUUGCUAUUAAAAAAAAUCAAAUGCGAAAUGCUUUAUCUUCUAUGCAGUCCAUUAUGUCUUUGAUUAUUGAGGAGAGUGAUGAUAAUUCUCUACUUUUCUUAUCUUCCCUAUGGGCUGUCUUGAAAUAAGCACAUGUUACAUCUUCUAAUGCUUGUGGUUUGGUUAGCAAUGUUGUCAAACAAUGUGAGCGAAAAUUGAAGCCAUUCUUAACAGUGGACAAGAUGGAGAAAGGUAGAGCACUUGAAGUCACUAUUAGUGAACACAAGGAUGGUAUUGAAGAAGGACAAUCAUUUCAUGCAUCCGUGGGUGUAAAUUACACGAGUCUUCCUGAUAACAAGAAGGUUGAUGAGUAUGCUGUCAUGGAAUCUUCAAAAACAAUAGCGAUUGAUCAGCCACAUGCAGCCUAUAAAUGAUCCUGAAAAGGAAGACAAAAUUCAGUCAUUUGGGAAGCCUAGGAGGGAUGAAGUCAUUGGUAUUCAUAAGGACCACAAAGUUGAAGAAGACGCAAUCAUGGGUCAGCUACUUGGGGAUUCAAAGGACUCUCCAUGCAUUAUGGCAUCAUAUCCAUUGGUUGACGACUAUAGGGUUGAUAAAGCAUCUGUUGGAUCAGCUAUAUUUGAAGCACAUAAAGGGGGGAUCCUAAUUCCCAGCUACUUGCAAGGCAUGACAGCUCUUGGUGGGAGUGGUUUUCCUUGUUUUGUGCACAUGAUUGCAUUGGAAGAACACUUGAUGAUAUUAUAUGUAGCAUAUGGCAUUGAAGAGCUGAUUACGAAGACUAAAAGAUCGCCAAAUGAGAAGAUUCUACAAUUUGACAAUGUAUGGUUUGUCAUGAGCCCUACACCAUGGAGCUGGUUGGAGUUAGAAAACAGAACAGCUAUGGAGAUAGAGGCAUGGAUCAGAUUAUGGGCAGCUAAGGCAGCUAAGAGGACGUGA